AUGUCACCACAACUCAGCCUGGAAGCACCAUCGUUCAAACUACGACCCAGCUGGCAUGAAGGCUCGACGAUCACCGCUACGACUUCGUAUCCAGUUACGACGACGCAGCCUGGUAGCACGAUUGUGCAAACUACGACGCAGCCUGGCUCGACUAUCGUUAGCACUGCUCCUGGUUCCACCGUCGUAAGCACCUACGUUUCGACUUAUGUGACUACUCGGGCCGGGAGCACUGUGACCGUGGUUAGCUCAUACGUGAGCACAUACGUUACCACCGCUCCAGGCACCACAAUCAGCGUCACGCCUUCGCAAUCCGCAGGCACACAGACCCAAACUCAGACUGAAGCCAACGUUCGCAACUUUUGUGUCGACCACUUCCACCUCGUCCACCGCCUCCUCAACUGUCUCACCGAGCUCAUCGUCAGCCACCUCGUCGCCCUCUUCCUCGACAUCCUCAUCCCAAGCUCAAAGCUCGACCUACUCAACGACGACCACUCUCUCAAUUCAGACCUCAUCCACCACCAGCUCUUCUUCCGCAGCUGCCUCAACAUCGCAAUCACUCGCGUGCGACCAAAGCCAAGCCCAGUACGGAUAUACGGAUCCAUCGACAGGCUCUCAAUACCAGGUCCAAUGCAACACGACAUACUCCGGUGGUGUCACGACGUCUUACACCACGGCUACCACGGCUACUACUUUGAGCAGUUCUGGCGGAAGCAGUUCUUCAUCAAUGAUGAGUUCGUGGUCGUCCGGCUCAUCGGCAGCAGGCUUCUCCACGACGGCUUCAAGCAGCAUGUUCAGCUCUGCGUCUUCAGCAAGCUCAUCUUCGCCUGCGACCCCUAG